AAAUUUUGUAAAUACGUGCAAAAAUGAGUCGCAAAGAAGCCCUUUCGUCGUUUAUUCAACAAAUUCACGGACGUCCAGUUGUUGUAAAACUUAACAGCGGAGUCGAUUACAGAGGAGUCCUCGCCUGCCUGGACGGGUACAUGAACAUAGCCUUGGAACAGACAGAGGAAUAUGUGAACGGACAACUCAAAAAUAAAUACGGAGAUGCAUUCAUUAGAGGAAAUAAUGUUCUCUAUAUAAGCACACAGAAAAGAAGAAUAUAGUGUACAUUGUUAUUUUAGAAUAAGGGUUAUAGCACACUGGUGGUGGUGGUGGAAAAAAUUCCCAAAUUUCUAAAUUUGGGAAUUCCCUAAAAUGACUUAGGAUUGAAAAGAUUUUAUUAAUCAAAACAGCCUCAGAAUCAAAGCCAUCAUCCCCAUCUCUUCCCAGUUAAGAAUAAAUUCUUAAUAUGUUUUCACAAUGCCCUGUUUUGUUUAACUCAUUAAACAUAUUAUAAUAUCACAAUAAAAUGAUGUAAAAUUUUGCCAGUGUGUUUUGACCAUAAACUAAGAGACAUUUUGUAUAAUAUUAUAUUCUAACUUUAAAAUUACAAUACACUUUUAUACUUGUAAGUA